UUGAUUGCGGAACACGUACUGCUUAAAGUAACUGUUACCAUACGAUAUGUUUAAAGGAAGCAAAGAUAAAACGUACUCAGGAAUUGAAGAUUCUUACAGAUUUUUAAAAUAAUUUUUUGUAUUAUACAUCAAUAUGGUAUCAUCGUUAAACAAACACAUCGUGUACAAAUCUAUAGUUUCGAAGAUAGCCAUUUUGGCGGGUGACGUGUUUGCAUGCCGAGUAUUGACAGCCAUAACAUAAAUGACUGAAUUUAUGCGUAAUAUGGCGAUAACCGCUUUUCCGAUAGUCAAGAGGAAAAGAACGUCAUAAUUCGUAACUCGUGUGAGAAAAGGUAGUCACGAUAUUUUACAAUGGUGAAGAAUAUUAAUGAAUUCGUAUACCGCCGGAUGGUAAACAGAAGAAAGGCCGCGUAUAAUUUUCAGCUGCGCUAGGGGGGGCAAUGCACCAUGGGAACAAUUUGCGACAGGCGCAUGCGCAGAUCAGUUUACAGUUGGAGCUUGGAAGAAAAUGGCGUCAGCUAAGUUUCUGGAGGAAGCUCUGAGCACGGACGUCGAUGAAUCUGCAGUGAACGCGAUAGUGGGCUCUCUUGAAACGCAACUGGUAACAUCGACGCCGGCUGUCUCUGGUCAUCAAGUAAGUUCUGCGUCAGUCAGCCAGCAGAAUCAUCAGGUGAACAGUGGUAUUUCCAACGGGGGCACCAUCACCGCGGUACAGCCACAGAAACAUGGGGUUUCAAACGGCGGCGGUGCUACUACAGUGAAUAGUCUGAUGACUCAAGAAGUUACGAAGUCCAUUACCACGAGCACUCUUCUGCCAGUAAACGUGGUUACCUCAAACACAGUGGCGCCACAGGUUACUACACAACAGCAGCAACAGCAUACACAAUCAGCAAUCCCCCCUGCUGCUUAUAUCAAUCAAGUUACUACAAAUCAGGUGACCAGUAAUCAAACAACACAUAUACCAAGCCUUACUAAAGCACAUGAGCCUGUUAAGAUUAUUUAUCCAACUGUUGGCCAAGUAAUAGCAACCACGGGGGUGGCAAAUGUCAAUAAUAAACUUUCUUUUCCUGCACAAACUGUUGGACAAUUAGCCAAUGGUACUUUGGGAAUAACGUCACAGGCAGUGUUACAGACAACAUCAAAUGUUGUUACCAAUGUUAGCUCUGUUAGUGAAACGGGUAGUCAAACAGUGGCUAGUGUGAAUAAGCCCACAGGUACAGCUUUAGUGAUAAAGACUAGUGUAGCACCCAGUGGCAUGGUUUCCGUUCCAAUGUCUGUUCCUGUUUCUGUGGCUGGCAAUGCUGUCAGUACAGCGUUACAGGGUAAAGCUGGAGUUACAUCCACAAUAGUACCUAGUAAUGUGCAAAUUCUUAACGUUAAUGCAAUGCGUCCUGGCACACCAGUGGCAGGACAGCAAGGUGGAAAACAAGUUGCAUCCAGAGUAGUAAUUGGUCAACAUAUGAUUGGAACAAGACCUGGAGCUCCAGGGAUCACGUUGCAAACAUUGCACGGUCUUCAACCUGGAACUCAGGGUCACAUUUUACUAAAAACUGAAACUGGGCAAUAUCAACUAAUAAGGGUAGGACCACCUCCAACUGCGGGUACACCCGCUGGUACUGCUGUCACACCAAAUAGUAUAGCAGGAAAUGCAGUGGUCGCUGCGCCAUCUCCAGGCACUACCUAUCGCUUAGCCUCAGUGCCGGCUGUAAGUAGGCUGAACACACAGUUUACUGGCCCACCACUCGCCACCUUAAGAAAGACGGUUCAGACUGUGGCCGCAACUAUUACAACAGGAACUACUACACCAGUGACUGUAACUGCCGCUGCUACAACUACACCCACUCCACCUGUUAAUACUGUUCAAACAGUUCAGACAUCUACACCUCGUCAAACUACAGAUAAUACCAAAGAAAAGUGCCGUAAAUUUUUAGCAAACUUAUUAGAGUUGUCUAGUCGAGAACCUAAAGCAGUGGAACGUAAUGUUCGAACUUUGAUACAAGAAUUAAUCGAUACUAAAGUCGAACCUGAGGAAUUCUGUGAUAGACUUGAAAGAUUGUUAAAUGCGUCACCUCAACCAUGCCUGAUUGGAUUCCUCAAAAAGAGUUUGCCACUUUUACGGCAAUCGCUUGUUACGAAAGAAUUAGUUAUAGAAGGUAUAAAACCACCACCAGCCAAUGUUGUUUUUCCUGUAACAUCUGCCACUCCUGUAGUUACACAGCAGAAUCAGAUUAGACCAACCAUUGCUGUGACAGCAGCAACAAUUCCUGUAACUGCAGUUACUGCAACUACACAAAUAAGAGUAAUGACUCCAAUACCUGCAGCUACAACCACUGUCCCUAGACCUACUCAGCCAGUACAGCAAAGGCUGAUACGACCUGUCACAACAGUAGUUCGUAGCCCUACAGCAUAUACUGUGAAGUCAACAGUAGCAGUAAGUGGAAUCCGACCUACUGCUCCUACAGUCCAAAAACCACCUGUUACCACAACAGUUGUUAAAACAAUUACAACUACAACACAAGGCAAAACAGUUAACACAACCACUACUGUUAAUAAAGCCGUAGUGCCUUCUUUUAUUCCAAAGCCAACUACUAAGGAGAAAGAGAAAAAGACAUUUUCAUCUGCAGGAUACACGGGAGAUGAUGAUAUCAAUGAUGUCGCGGCUAUGGGUGGUGUUAAUCUCGCAGAGGAAUCUCAAAGGAUUCUGGGGUCUACAGAAUUUGUCGGAACACAAAUAAGAUCCUGUAAAGAUGAAGUAUUUUUACAUAUGACACCAUUACAGCAAAGAAUUAAACAAAUUGUUUCUAAUUAUGGAUUAGAAGAACCUAAUCAAGAAGUUGCGGCGUUAAUUUCACAUGCUGCACAAGAAAGGUUAAAAAAUUUAGUAGAAAAAUUAGCAGUAAUUGCAGAACACAGGAUAGAUUUGAUAAAGGUCGAUCCACGUUACGAAGUAACACAGGACGUCAGGGCACAGUUAAAAUUCUUGGAAGACUUGGACAAAGUUGAACGUAGAAGACACGAAGAACAGGAAAGAGAAUUACUUUUACGUGCAGCUAAAAGUCGCGCAAAAACGGAAGAUCCUGAGCAAGCUAAACUGAAGGCGAAAGCUAAGGAGAUGCAACGCGCGGAAAUGGAAGAAUUAAGGCAAAGAGAAGCAAAUUUAACAGCUUUACAGGCGAUCGGUCCACGUAAAAAGCCUAAACUUGAUGUGGGAGGGUCGGCCAGUAGUCCAGGAGGUAAUUCCGGUUUAAACGCUUCGGUGACCGGUAUUAACAGGCAGAUGCCAAUGAGACCACGGUUGAAGAGGGUGAAUUUCAGAGACUUAUUGUUCCUUCUUGAGCAAGAGAAAGAAACGUGUAGGAGCACAAUGCUGUAUAAAUCGUAUUUGAAGUGAUGUUCUGUGAAGGGCAGGAACUUCAGUGACCCGCCCGAUAUCUGGCGCCCAAUCUGCAUGAUGGUCUCGUGUGAGCUGGCCUCAAUGGACCUUGAUGGAUCAUGCAACGUUAGUGUACGUUGCAUUGUACAGUGUUUCAUAAGUUGCAUACAAUGAAGUUCAUUGCGAAUCACGUCGGGAUUCCACAUACAUUCAAAAUAAGGUUAUUUCUACCAUGUCGAUAAGCUUCCCUACUGUAAAUGACUGAAAGUUUUUUAAAUGUAAUAUAAAUAGAUUGUUCUUUAUUUUUCAACACAAAAAACUACAUCAUUGAAGAUAAGAAGAAAGCAAUGUGUAUGAGCACAUAUGCCUGAUGUUCAGUCUUUGGGUAGUCUCAUUACGGCAAGGAUGUUGUUGUGUGGCCAUAUAUAAAUGUUGUUAUAUGGUGUGUGUAUGGUACAUCGGAUGAAUGAGUGUAUAUUGUCAUUUAUGUAUAUGCCCGCUGCAUUGUAACACUUGACCUAUACUUUUGGACACUGUAGCGCUAGUGUAAAGAGUGCAGGUUUUGUUAUCAUAGUAAAUCGUAUUUUUGCAAAUUGUAUUGUAAUUAAUAUACUGUGAGAGCACACUGUCCAAAAAGUAUGGAAUAAUUUGUACAAUACCUUACACAUUAAAGAAAAAAAAUACUACUAAAUAGUGAUAAUUUCAAUGUUGGUACAACAAAAUAUAGCUACUCUCCACCAUAAGAUGGAAUUGUUAUCAGUAUAUUAUGUUGUGAUCUACAUUUUCAGUGUUUAUAAAAGAAUUAGCUGUUACGUUUUUUAUUAAAGAAAUAUUUACAAAAGUAAGAA